CCGUACUAUGAAUAUAGUGUAUAUGUGCAUAUAUCAUCUUGCACCGAACGCGCAUCUCUCCCUAUCGUAAACGGAACAGAAACAUCAUGGAAGUAUCGUCAACAAUUGGAAAGACCGAAGGUCUGCAUAUAUGGAGGAUUGUGAAAUUUGAAGCAACCGACCUGGAUAAAAAGGAUUAUGGGAAAUUUUACGAUGGUGAUUCCUACGUCAUACAAAAUACAUACAAGGAACGAGGCAGUCCCGAGAAACAUCAGGAUAUCCACACCUGGAUAGGAAAAAACAGCACUGUUGAUGAGAAAAUGGGAGCCGCGAGGAAGAUGGUCCAGUUGGAUAAACAGUUAGAGGGAAAAGCUACCCAACACACUGAACAUCAAGGCAGAGAGUCAGAAACGUUUAAGUCGUAUUUCAAAACGAUAACGUAUCUCUCUGGUGGAGCUGACUCAGGACUACGGCAUGUGCCGCGCGCCACAUCAGCCUGUAAACAACGCAGAUUACUCUGCUUCUCCAAGGACGGGGACAAAGUCAAUGUUACUGAGAUAGGGCGACAGAAGGAGACACAACUAGACAGUAACCACGCGUAUAUCCUGGACCUAGGACUGACAAUUUACCAGUGGAACGGGAACAAAUCGAGGACAGACGAGAGGAGGACAGCGUCUAAUUAUCUACAAGAUCUAAAGCUGUCUCGUGCAGGCAGGACAAAGUGGGAAGAGCUAGAGGAAACAGACCGUGAACAGCAUCUCAAAUUUGUAUCACAGAUCAAAAAGCUGAAUGGGUUUAUAUAAAAUCGUAAAUUGAAGAAUAUUCUUCCACAUCUUUACAGCUUUAAACCAGAAAAAUAGCGUGAGACACAGCGACAUUUAUAAGAGAAGAUAGUUUACAAACUACAUUAUAGGUCACGUGAUGUAGAUAAUAUGCAAAUCUAGAACUGUUGAGGCCAUAAUUCCAUUAUUUUUUACUUCCAGGUACUGCCUUCUGUUAUUUUUGAUAUAGUGAUUUGGAUUUAAAGAAAGUUACAUGAUCUCAUAAAAUUUUAAAAGUUUUCCCAUAUUUUAAGUUUUACUAGGUACAGCCAGGGACGUAUACUGUUCCUGGUACAGCUGAAUGAAAAAUAUGUAUAAUAAUUAGAUUGGAACUUUAUGUCGAAUUUAUUUAUGCAAUGCUUCUUCAUUGUAGAUACAAGACUUACUACCACAUACAUGCGAUCCUUGCCGUUUAUCCUUUUUAAAGCCGUAAUUUGUUACAUUACAAUCAGUGUAUAGACAGUGUGUAUUUCUACUUGUACUGAUCAUGCACCUCAUUUCUAUUUACAGAUUAUGCACAUUGAUUGUUCAUGUACAAUUUGCAUAAUUUAUGCACCUUAUGAUCCACUCUCAGCAUCACCAACUGUUUUUGUUUCAGUAUCUUAUAUUUUGGAUAAUUAGUGUCUUGAUUGUACAUAAAAGAACGUGUCUGGAAAAAUAUAACGUGUAAAUUGGAUACUUGUUUGUCAAGUCCCAGUUUCCUCCGGCCCUGACAUCAAACUUGACAGAAAUAUUGUCUACUGAGGGUCAAAAUGUCCAUGUCUGGUGCAAGGGCCAGAGUAAACUCGGGCUGUUGUUUGUGUUGAAUCUCAACAUCAUUAAAUAAUAACAGAAUCUUGUA